ACCUCACCUGCUUCAGUCUCACCCGCAUAUACUCACACAUUCACACCCGGCGUGUGACCCUGUUUGCUGUUCCCAUCUCCCCUUAGAUAGACACAGCUACACCUUCCCUCCCGCCCCCCCCUUUACACUCGACCACUCCGCUCGCCACUCUCUGCGAGCUCACAGUCGAAUUACAGGGCAGCAUCAAAAGAUAGACCUGAACACCACACACCUCUAUCACUACACUUAGACCCCUAGCCUCCUUCCCACCUCCUUCACACGCACACAAACACACACAUCAACAUGGCUCAAGCACAGUCAGUCGGUGUUCCCGCCAACAUCGCACCCGAUGCCAAGGGUCUCAAGGACUCUGCCGGUGCUCAGGCAGCCGCCUCUGAGAACACCGCCACCGAGAAGCGAGCCGUCAAGAUCGAGGGUGACCGUCUUCUGCAAGCCGGUGACAAGGACGCCGCUCAGGAGCUCGUCAACCUGGUCAAGGUCGAGGGCCCCGAGGUCCUCCACGACGUCGGCAUCGAUGCCCUGAUCAAGAAGGGUCUCGCUGACAAGAAGAAUGCAUCUGCUCGUGAGGGUGCCUGCGUCCUCGUCGGCCUGCUCAGCAAGGAGGGCGUUGGUGCUCAGGCUGAGCCCUUCAUCGUCGGCCAGACCUUUGAGACCCUCGUCGAGGCUCUCGGUGACAAGGAGAAGGCUGUCCAGACUGCCGCCAAGGACGGUCUCACCGCCUUUGUCACCAACAUGAGCGGUUGGGCUGUGCCCCAGAUCCUCAAGGUGCUCUUGCACCAGAUGAAGACCGCCGGAAAGUGGCAGGUCAAGACUGGCUGUGUCCACCUCCUCGUUGAGCUGGUCACCUCCGCCCCCGACAGGAUCGCCGCCCACAUGCCCGACAUCAUCCCCGUCAUGGCCGAGGUCAUCUGGGACACCAAGACCGAUGUGCAGAAGGCUUCUCGUGCUGCCCUGACCAAGCUGUGCCAGCUAGUCUCCAACAAGGAUAUCGAAAAGUUCAUCCCUGCCCUGAUCCAGUCCCUGAUCCACCCCGUCGAGGAGGUCCCCAAGACCAUCAUGCUCCUCGCCGCCACCACCUUCGUCCAGGAAGUCGACUCGCCCACCCUCGCCCUCAUUGCUCCUCUGCUCGCCCGAGGAAUCAACGAGCGACCCACCGCCACCAAGCGUAAGGUUGCCGUCAUCAUUGACAACAUGGCCAAGCUCGUCGACAACGAGCGAACUGUGCGACCUUUCCUGCCCAAGCUCCUCCCCGGUCUGAUCAAGAUGGAGUCGGUCAUGUCCGACCCCGAGGCUCGUGGUGUUAUCCAGCGUGCCAUCGCUACUCUGCGAUCCGUCGGUCAGGUCGAGGGUGACGGUUCCGAGGUCAAGCCUCUGGACGACGUCGACCUCAAGGCCACCACCGACAUUGUCAAGAAGGAGCUCACCGCCAACAAGCUCACUGGCCCCGCCGCUCUCGUCUCUUACAUUGGUCAGCUCUCGACCAACCUUGCCAACGCUCGUAACUUCGAGGCCACCGAGUGGGACUCGACCCUCAUCCCUUACAUCUCCCUGCUCAAGGGUGCCGAGCACGACAAGUCUCACAAGAUCACUCGAUCGCUCCUUGGCCAGCUCGCCAAGAGCACCGGUGAGGAGGCCGAGGUCUUCGAGGACGAGGAGGAGGGUGAGGACUUGUGCAACUGUCAGUUCUCGCUGGCCUACGGUGCCAAGAUUCUGCUCAACACUGCCACUCUGCGUCUGAAGCGUGGUCACCGUUACGGUCUCUGUGGACGAAACGGAUCUGGAAAGUCGACGCUCAUGCGCGCUAUCCAGAACGGCCAGGUCGAGGGUUUCCCUUCGCCAGAAGAGGUCCGAACCUGGUACGUCGAGCACGACUUGGACGGUUCUGAGGGUGACAUCUCCAUCUUGGACUUCAUCGUUGCCGACAAGCGUCUCAAUGUCAACCACGCCGAGGCUUCCAAGACCCUCCUCGAGAUGGGCUUCGACUCUGAGAAGCAGGCUGGCCCCAUUGCUGCUCUCUCCGGUGGUUGGAAGAUGAAGCUGGCUCUUGCCCGAGCUGUGCUGUUCAAGGCUGACAUUCUGCUGCUCGACGAGCCCACUAACCACUUGGACGUCGUCAACGUUGCCUGGAUCACCAACUACCUCACCAGCCUCACCAACGCCACCUCGAUCAUCGUCUCGCACGACUCCGACUUCCUCAACAAGGUCUGCACUGACAUUCUGCACCUGAACCGAUUCAAGAUCAAGAGGUACCCCGGUAACUUGGCUGACUUUGUCAAGCGUGUGCCCGAGGCCAAGGCUUACGCCGAGCUCAACACCGGAGAGGACUACUCCUUCAAGCUGCCCGACCCUCCUCUGCUGGACGGUGUCAAGACAAAAGAGAAGUCGCUGGCAAAGAUGCGUGACGUGCACUUCCAGUACCCUGGCACACCUGCUCCUCAGCUCAACGGUAUCUCCAUGCAGCUGUCGCUAAGCUCUCGUGUCGCCAUCCUGGGACCCAACGGUUCCGGUAAGUCGACCCUGGUCAAGCUCAUCGUCGGUGACACUGAGCCCAACUCGGGAGAGGUGUGGAAGCACCCCAACUUGGUCAUUGGUUACGUUGCCCAGCACGCUUUCCACCACAUCGACAACCACCUUGACAAGACUCCCCUGGACUACAUGCUGUGGCGAUACCAGACUGGUGAGGAUCUCGAGGAGCACCUCAAGGGCAGCCGUGAGCUGACCGACGCCGAGAAGGAGGCCAUGAAGAACGGUUCCAUCUGGGUCGACGAGACUGGUGUCAAGAGGGUCAUCGACGAGCUGGUCGCCCGAAAGAAGCUGAAGAACUCCUUCCAGUACGAGGUGUCUUUCAAGAACUUCUCUUCUGCCGACAACAUCUGGAUGUCGCGUGACGACCUGAUCAAGAGGGGUUUCGAGAAGAAGGUCAUGGCGCUCGACUCUCGUGAGGCCCAGCGGUUGGGUAUGAACCGACCUCUGGUGCGAAAGGAGAUCGAGAAGCACUUUGAGGACUUCGGACUCGAGGCCGAGUUCACCUCGCACAACACCAUGAGGGGUCUCUCUGGUGGUCAGAAGGUCAAGGUCGUCCUUGCCGCCGCCACCUGGCGCCGACCGCACGUGAUCAUCUUGGACGAGCCCACCAACUUCUUGGACCGAGAGUCGCUCGCCGCCCUCAUCCAGGCCCUCAAGACCUACGAGGGAGGUGUUGCCAUCAUCACCCACUCCAAGGAGUUCUCGGAGAACGUGUGCCAAGAAGUCUGGGCCAUGGACGGUGGUCAGCUGCGUGCUUCGGGACACAACUGGGUCGAGGGCCAGGGUUCCGGUGAGAGGCUGAAGAACAAGGACGAGGACGAGGACAAGUUCGAUGCCCUGGGCAACAAGAUUGUCAGUGAGAAGAAGGCCAAGAAGGAGUCGGCUACCGACAAGCGCAAGGCCCGAAAGGCCAGGAUGGCCAAGAAGGGUGGAAAGGGCGGUGACGACGAUGACUUUGACGACCUCGAGUAGAGUCCUCGCUUGUCAGCGUUGCAUUGCGUUGCGUCGCGAGAUAGAGACUAGAGGCGUGGUUUCCUAGGUUCUCCCCCUUUCUCUUUCUUUCACGUCUCGCCGUCUCCGGUCAUUCUCUUUAGAGCAUCAGUACUUUCUGUUUUGUUGUUCCGACUUCCUUGCGAUUUCAUGUCGAGUAGUGUCUUUCCUAAUACAUGCUGCUGCGAUUCUCUCCAAAGGCUC